CCAACACAGACCCUUGUCGAUAAUCAACCACCAACACCGGCCAGCAGUACGGAAUUCGGCAUUCGACUGCGAUUAGGCCUCGGAUAUAUUACUCAAACACCGAGCGUUUUUAUCCUUAUAUCGACGACGUUUGAGACUGCGUGACUCAAGCUGCAGCAGACUUCCGAACAGCGACACCCUCGUCAACGAACGGCACGGACCCGUUGAUCUACACUUCGAUAACCGAUUGAACAUACAGACAUCGGCAUAUUCAAACAGCUGAUCAACACUGUGCACCUCUUUAUCUAUUUUAUCCUACACCCAGCACACACCGACCACACGGUGAUCCUACUCGACACACAGCAAUGGCCGACCUCUUCCAACAACAACCCAACCUCACCAUCGUCACUUCUGCAAUCCCCCGACAUGAACACGCUCCUCCACCCACCGACCUCAAAACAACCAACCCAGAACAAAUGAUGUUGUACGCCGCGAUGAUGUCCCAUAUCCAACGAGACGAGAAGCGUGGGCUCGAGCAUGAGGGUGAGGGGGAGGAGGGGGAGGAGAGGGUUGGUGAUGGGGUUGAGGGGAUUGAGAUGGGUGCGAGACGUAAGAGGAGAGAAUCCGACGAAUCAACCUCCGCCGAAGCCGAAACCCCCGCCUCAGCAAUAGGCACCCCUGGCCCCUCUGGCCCAGGCGACCACAAAAAGAAACCGGGGAGGAAGCCGUUGACGAAUGAACCCACCUCCAAACGCAAAGCACAGAACCGACAAGCACAGCGCGCCUUCCGUGAGCGUAAAGAACAACACGUCAAGAGCCUCGAAAUUCAUGUUGCGAGGCUCGAAGCUAUCUCCGCCCAAAAGGAUGAGGAGGUGGAGUCACUCAAAGCUGAAGUACGGAUGCUCCGGGCACAACUAAAGAUGGAGCUCGAAGCGGGGACGAAGGGUGCGAAUGGGACGGGGGUGGCGGGCGUGAAGAGGGAAUUCACGUUUGAGUUUCCGAGGAGUAUGGAUCCCCUCGCACACCCACAAGGCGUCUUUGGUCAGGCUUCGGCACAGAUGCAGAUGCAGCAGGGAUCCCUUGCGAACGCUCUUCGCCAACAACAACAAGCCCAACAGGCCCAACAGCAACAGGAAGCGUCGACAGCGCCGGGGUUGUCGAGUGCGAGUUCGACGUGUAGCUCCAUGGGACACGAGGAGGCGAGAGGCGGUGUGGGAUCGGUGCCGAUUAGGGUUAAUUUUGGACAAGCGUCCACCGGGUCGAGUUGUGCGACGAGUCCGACGGGGGCGGGGAGUAGGACCCCGUGUGAGACGUUUUGUCCUGCUGCGCUUCCGGCGUUCAAGUCGCCUGCUCCCGUCACUACGCCGCCUAUUCCUGGUCCUGCUGCUGCGACGACGACGACGACGACGACGGUUGUGGUCGAGACACCCAAGUGUGAGAGUGAUUUCUGUGCGCAGUUGAGUCUUGCGUGUGGGACGCUCAAGAACCCCGUUCCGCAGCUUCCGACGGCGCCGAUUGAGGGUGGUGCCCGUUCUUUGUUUUCGUCGCCUGUUGUUUCGACGAUGGGACUUCCGUCUUUCGGUGCAGUCGUCGAAGCCGCCGCCUCGAACACGAAUGCCAUCACGGGUGUGGUUACGACGGGCGCGACACCAGGAAAUGACGGCUCGAAUUUCUGGAAUGAGUAUCGUGAGGGCGCGGGGACUGGCCUUGAGGGGUUGGAUGAGUUGUUUGGGGCUGAGACUGGGAUUGGGGAGGGGACUAGUUUGUUUGAUUUGCCGGAUCUUGUGGGGAGUGGGACGACUUCUCUCUUUCCGCUCGAUAUGGCGAAUGAGGAUGGUGGUGUGGCGUCUCCGAGGACGCAGAGGACGAGUUCGGGAUCUUCGGGGUCGGAUUUGUUGCCGACUGCUGUAGGGGAGAGCUCGUUCUUCGACGACGACAUGGAUGCCCUCGUCGGUGUUGGUGAGAAUGGUGAGGAGGUUGUUGGAGACUCCGUCCCCGCUGACCGCCAAUUCCUCGACUGUACACAGACUUGGGCACGGAUUAAGCAACACCCCAAAUUUGAUAGUUUGGAUAUCGAUCGUUUGUGUUGGGAGUUGAGGGGGAAGGCGAAGUGUUCUACCACUGGGCCUGUGUUGGAGGAGAGCGAUGUUAGGGAGGCGUUGGCGAAGUUGGAGGAGUAA